AUGGAAAACAACGAAUCAGGCCGUGAGUCUCCGGUGUGCGCGGGCUGUGGCGCGCUCAUCUCAGAUCGCUUCUACCUGCUCGCGGCAGACAGACGGUGGCACGAGCGCUGUUUGAAAUGCAGCGCGUGCCACGCUGACCUGGAGUCAGAGCUCACGUGCUUCAGUAAACACGGAGACAUUUACUGUAAGGAGGACUAUUACAGGAGGUUUUCUCUGCAAAGAUGUGCGCGGUGCCGCCUGGGAAUCUCUGCCUCGGAGGUAGUGAUGCGCGCCGGGGAGCUGGUGUACCACUUGAGCUGCUUUUCCUGUGCCACCUGCGACAAAGUGCUGCUCACCGGAGAUCACUACGGGAUGAGAGAGACGUCAGUGUACUGCCGGGUGCAUUUCGAGAUGAUGCUGCAGAGGGAAUGUCAUGCAGAUUUGUAUUAUUCAGACAUGUCUCCAGGAGAGUCGAACCUCGAGAGCGCAGCGCGCGAUGAAGGGACCCCUGUGCACAGAGGACGGGCACGGAAGAGGAAAAACCGUGAUGCAACAGACCGCGUUGCUUAUAAUUCAGAUGUGAGCGACAUGGGUGUGGACUCGUCGGAGAGAGUGAGCUGUCAGAAGUCCAAACGCAUGAGAACGUCUUUCAAGCAUCACCAGCUGCGAAGCAUGCAGAACUUCUUCACCCACAACCACAAUCCAGAUGCCAAAGACCUCAAAGAGCUCGCCCAGAAAACCGGCCUCACCAAACGUGUGCUCCAGGUUUGGUUCCAGAAUGCCCGUGCGAAAUUCAGGAGAAACUGUCUCUAUCAGGAGAGCGUGGGAGCGGACAACAUUUCUGACAACUCCACCAUCACGUCCCCAUCAGUGCCUUCACCCCAGCUGUCCCACAGAUCUGUGAGCCCGUCCAGCCCCACCGGCACCUCUCCAUCACAACACACACACAACACACACUCCCCAAUGCCUUCUGACUUCCUCUACCGCUCUUAAGAUCUGUGUGUAACGAUCACUCAUCGACUGAAAGAAAGAGAAUCGCAAAGGUCUCAUCCAGCUGUUUUUUACCGUGCCAUGCCAUUUUAAUCUGAUUUAAAAUUCGGAAUAUGCAUACCGCAUAUUAUAUACUGUAUGAUGCCUGUUAUAUUUAGUGAUGCAUCAAUAUGCGAUAUGGAGUUAUAAAUGUUUUACGAGGUAAAUUGUCACCGUUUCAUGUCAUCUUGGAAAUGGCGAUGUAUAUAUGUCUGAUAUCAUUUGUAAAAGGGGCACUGAUCAAAAAUACAGUUUUCAAACAUUUUAACAGCUGAUAAUAUUAACAAUGAUCAGCAUAAUAAAAGAUCAUGAUGUGAAACUGAAAGCUGGAGUAGAAUUCAGCUUUGCGUAACAGGAAAAAAUGACAUUUUACAUUAAAUUCAGCUUUUAACAAUAUUACAGUUUUACUGUAUUCUUGAUCAAAUAAAUGCGGUCUCGGCGACUAAGUUAUAAAACUAAAUCUUACCGACCCCAAUAUUUGCGUAAUAUCAAGCCAUUA